AUGGGUGUCACUAGUGCUGGGAAAAGCUCUUCAAUCUUGAUGUGCACCAACAAGGUCGUCAAGAUUGGUCAUUAUUUAAAGUCCUGUAUUAUAAGUGUUGAAAACAUCGCAUUAAUUUUAAACGAUCGGAUAUGCGUCCAUCUCAUUUGCUCGCCACGCUUUGACGACACUUUGCGCUCUGAUGUACAGGUGCUCCAAGAUCUCCACUGGUUCAGCAGGUCGUUUGAAGAAGGCACCAGGCUUAGCGGCAUGAUAUAUUUACACCGAAUCACCGAUGUUCGCAUGACAGGAUCUGCCCGCCGCAACCUUGUUAUGUUUCAAAAACUUUGCGGUGAAAAUGCCUUCUCGUCGGUCGUGCUCGCCACCACGAUGUGGAACCUUGUUGAAGAGGCAACAGACGAGCAGCGCGAGCGAGAGCUCAUCGAAUCAGAUGAAUUUUGGGGCUAUAUGCACAAUCAAUUCAAUCAAGGGCACCAGAUUGAAGAGACCAAGGCGGGCCUGCAGCUAAAUGAAGAUAUCUUACGGGAGCGCAAGAAGUACCAAGCUGAAUUACAAGCUAUGAAGGAAAAAAUGCACGAGACGAUGGCGCUGAACAAUGCUGAGCUGCAGCGCAUCUUUAGAGAAGAGAACAUCCGCCUCAAAGAAGAAGAACAGGCUAAGCUCAAGCAAGAUUUGAAGGAAGUACAGGCGCGCAAGGAUUACGAGUUCGAAGAGUUCAAGAGGCAACUGACGGAUAUGGAACGCGCGCGAAAGAGAUAUGACGAUAACAACCGUCGCAUGGAAGAAUUCCUCAACAGUAAACAAAAAGAGUCAUAUAAAGAGCUGAUCAACGGUAACCAUAUGGAGGUUUACAAGCCACAAAGCGAGGAAGAGGAGCUUCUCAAAGGUGACCAGAAGGAAGCUUACAUACGGCCAGCCAAUGGGUACACUAGCCACGGCGAACAAAAUAUCAACAGUGACGAUACGCCACUUCAUGCUGCGGUUCGGAAUAGAAAGCCAGAUGUGGUCGGAUUUCUUCUUGAUAAUGGAGGGAAUGUCAAGUCUAAGGAUAAACUCGGCAACACUCCUCUACAUCUUGCUACAAUGACAGGACAAGCGAAUAUAGCCAAGAGGCUUCUUGACCGAAGAGCCAAAAUCUCUGAGAGAAACAACAACUACAACACUCCGCUGCAUCUGGCAGUGCAGAAUGGGCAAAUAGAGACGGCUAAGCUACUUCUUGUUCGACAGGCCGAUAUUGAAAUGAGUGACUACCAAGACAACACGCCACUUCACCUUGCGGCAUGGAGUGGUAGCGAAAGUAUAGCCAAGUUGCUUUUUAAAGGGGGCGCGAAAAUCGAAGCGAAAAACAAGAGUGGUAACACGCCACUCCAUCUUGCAGCACUGAAUGGGAAAGUAGAUGUGGUCAAACUGCUUCGAAAGGGGGGGGCUGAUGUCGAGGCUAAAGAUACCGAUGGAAACACGCCACUUCAUCUUGCAAGUCUGGCCGGCAAAGUGGAUGUGACCAAGCUACUUCUUGGUCAAAGAAGCCGCUGGUGGAGCGGUUGGUAA